CUAGCUACCAAGCAGCGGGAAAGCUUACUGAACCUCCACCAAACUCCUCUCUUGGUUCCAAGUACAGUUCAGUUACUACUCACUUCUCAAGAGCAUAAAGAUGGGUAGCAAUCCGGAUCGCAGACCAAUCUUCGUGGCGACCCAUCCUCGGGCUUGCUCCACGGCCUUCGAACGGGUAUUUAUGACCCGCCCAGACGCCCUGACUUGCGUCCACGAACCCUUCGGCGAUGCUUUCUACUAUGGCCCCGAACGCCCAAGCACGCGCUACGACCAUGACGAGGCCGCAAGAGAGAAGAGUGGGUAUUCGGAAGUUAGGUACGGCGAUGUCAUGGACAGAAUAUUGAAGGAGAUGUUUGAAAACAACACCCGCGUCUUCAUCAAAGACAUGGCCUACUACAUCGUGCCUCCCAACGGCGACCGUCCCUUGGGCCCGGCGCACUCGCUCCGUCGCCACCCCCACCUGUUCGCGGAUGAGAGCAAUCCAACCUACAUUCCCACCUCCCUUCUGAUGCUAUUCCACUGGACCUUCCUGAUCCGCCACCCACGAAAGGCCAUCCCGAGCUACUACCGCUGCACCAUUCCACCGCUGAGCAAAAAGACGGGGUUCGACAAGUUCAUGCCCAGCGAGGCGGGCUACCUCGAGCUCCGCAGGCUCUUCGAAUUUUUGCACGACAAAAGAAUCAUUGUCGAGGAAAGCUGGUACGAUACCGAGGAGCUGCGCGAGGUGAGGGGCACGAUGUUUCGGCAGAUGAAGGGAGACAGUAUGUCGGCAUGGAGCGGCCCUGAUAGGGACGAACGGCUGGAGCAAGGCCCCGCGCUCAGCAGGCAGCUGGAAGACACACCAGGCCCUGUGAAGAUCACGGUCAUUGACGCGGAUGACCUGCUCGACGAUCCGGAGGGCACGCUGAGGGCUUACUGCGAGGCCAUUGGCCUGGACUUUGACCCCAAGAUGCUCAAGUGGGAUGACGAGGAGAGCGAGAGGACAGCCAAAGAGGCGUUUGAGAAGUGGAACGGGUUUCAUGAUGAUGCGAUUGGGAGUACCGAGCUGAAGCCGCGGGAGCAUAAGGCCAAAACACCGACCAAAGAGGAAGAGGACAAGGAAUGGAAGGAGAAGUACGGAGAGGAGGGACAGAAGAUAAUCAGGGAGACGGUCGACAAGAAUGUGGCCGACUAUGAGUAUCUCAAGAAGUUCGCUUUGAAGCCGAAGAAGUUGGAGCAGGAGUUCACAAUGCUUGGAUGAUAAGACUCUGCUUGUAGUUUGGUCUGGGGAUCAUGUUUUGGGCCUUGAGCAGGUCGUGUACCUGAGUUAUUAUCAUUAAUCAUUGAGGGCCCCCAACAUUAAUAACGGCAGAAGCAACAAACAUCCAAGAGAUCGUUUGCAAACGUUCGAAUUGUAUCAAGAGCAUCAGAACAUAGAGGGAACGACACUGAAGAGAACUGUUUUAUCAC